AUGUCUGCCACGUACAAGCAGUUUCUGGCUGCUCCCAACUCGUCGCUGCUCGCGCCGAACGCCACCCUCCUCUACAUCACCACCACCACCACCAUCAAUGGACCUACCGACAUCAUCAAGCACCUCAACACCCAGCGCAACCAGCUGAAGAAGAAGAAGGAGGACAUCCUCGACGUCGUUGAGGGUCGCGAUGCCAUCGCCGCCGAGAUUGAGACCUCGCUGGAGUUUGUCACCAGUGGAGGUGCCUACCUGCCUGGCCUUGACGACAACUUCUUGGCUGACCGCACCGUCCACCUGCCAAUUAUGCACGUCGUCAACUUUGACAGCGAGGGCAAGAUCGCCCAGAUCCGCCAAAGCUGGGACCAGGGAUCACUCCUCAAGCAGCUCGACAUUAUCGGAAAGUCCGGCCGCAACUGGCCCAUCCGUGACAGCCAGGAGCAGAUCAAGAUGAUCACCAGGGGCCUGAAGGCCACCGGCAAGGUCACCGACGCCCCCGACACCAACGAGCUCAUCAACCGGUCCCGUGGCAGCUCGACCAAUGCACUCCGCGACCCCCAUGCCUCCCUCUCUCUGUUUGCGCCGAGAGAGCAGCAGGCUGAAGAGGGCCCGGCCAGGUCCGUCGUGUCACCUUAUGCGGGUACCCGACCUCAGCAGCGGUCUUUCAACGAUAUCAUGAGCGACGAGCCUGCCGACGAGCCCGCCUCUCCCAGCGCAGGACGCGAUCGCGUUGCUCCCAAGAUCGGUGCCGGAAAGAACUUCCAGCCCAGCCGCCUGUUCGACGCGGACGAGCACGCCCACGUCCCCGACAGCCCCGAGGAGAAGACGUCACCCGAGAAGUUCAUCCGUCCCAACCCCAAGAAGUUCCAGCACUUUGACUUUGCCGACGGCUCGGACCCGCAAGACACCCCCAAGCCCGCCGACGGCCGCCCGAAGGCCGGCAAGCACGACAGCAGCUGGGGCUUCGAAGACUUUGUCACCCCUCAAAAGGUCAAGCCUACCAAGACUCUGCGCACCCAGGACGUGCGCCACUGGGAUACCGACGUGACCACCGCCGUGAAGGAGACCCCGGUCGCCCGUCCCGUUCAGCAGAAGCCCCGCCGCGAUGCCGAGCCGCACUUUGAGUUCCAGGAUGACGGCCCGGACGGCGAGCCUAGACCCGCCGGACGCCCCAAGGGUGCGGCGCACAACACUGGUCUGCACCUCUACGAGAACAACCUGUACAGCGAGGACGGCAAGCCCCUGCCUGGAACCGAUUCUGAUCAGGCCCUUGGUAACAUCACCAAUCUGAACAACCGCCACAAGGACUUUGACCCUCACUUCGCCAUGUCCGACGACUCUCCCAGCCAGCAGGCCGGCCUUCAGCAACGGCCCGGUGUUAGCGACGCUCGCAAGAAGGCGGUGAACAUGAUGAACGCCAACUGGGAAUCCUACGACAGGUCCCCCGCAUCCCAGAAGGAAAACAUCGAGCCGGCGCCCACGGGCAAGGCCAAGGGUGGCAUUCACAUUGCCGGCGAUGGCAUGGGCUCCAGAAAGGCGGUCGAAGACCAGGACGGCGACAAGCGUGGUAUCAACAUUGCCGGCGACGGUAUGGGCGGCAGGAAGGGCACCAACCGCAACUGGCUGUACGGUGGAGAUGACGACGAGGAGGACACCCCGAAGGCCGUUCCGCCCAAGGGAGGUUCCAAGCCCGCUGGUCUGACCGCGGCUCAGAAGAGCUUCUGGGACUUUUAA